AUGGAUCCAGAAAACACUACAGAAAAUUUUCAACCAAAUUUGGUGCUGGAUAUGGCAAAUGUUCUGCUUGACAACUACUGUUUUCCUGAAAAUUUGAUUGGAAUGAAAGAAGCAAUAGAACAAGCAAUAAGAAAUGGGGAGAUUCUUCAGAUAUCAGAUCCAGGUACACUAGCUGCUGUUUUGACAGCUGGCGUGCAAGGUGCACUAAAUGACCCACGUUUGAUUGUCUCCUAUCACCCCACUGGCUCAGUCUUCUCACAGUCUUUGCCUUUAGCAGAUUUGCCAGUGCAACAGCUCCUUCUUAUGAUUCAUAAUUCAGUCCAUUAUGAAAUUCUGGAGGGAAACAUAGGAUACCUACGGAUUGACCAUAUCAUCGGAGAGGAUGUGAUUCAGAAAGUUGGUGCUUUGCUUGUCAAGGGCAUCUGGAGUAACAUAAUGGGAACCUCUUCUUUAAUUCUGGACCUGCGCUACAGCACCACAGGACAAGUAUCAGGAAUCACUUAUGUUGUAUCUUACUUUUGUGAGGCAGAUCCUAUUCAUAUUGACACCAUUUACGAUCACCCUUCUAACAGCACAAGACAGAUCUGGACAUUGGCAAGUCUUCUGGGAGAAAAGUAUGGAAAGGAUAAAGAUGUGAUUGUUUUGACAAGCAGGUAUACUGAAGGGGUGGCAGAAGAUAUUGCUUAUAUUUUGAAACAUCUACAUAGAGCCAUCAUUGUUGGUGAAAGAACAGCUGGUGGUUCAUUAAAAAUAGACAAAUUAAAAAUAGGUGAAUCCAAUUUUUACAUUACUGUCCCUGUUGCUAGAUCCAUCAGUCCCAUUACUGGGCAGAGCUGGGAAGUAAACGGUGUGUUUCCUUGUGUUCCUACUCGUGCAGAUGAAGCUCUUGAUAAAGCCAAAUCUAUUUUGUCUGUUAGGAGUGCCAUUCCUAAAGUAGUCCAAGCAAUAACAGAGAUAUUGAAAGGAUACUACUCAUUUACUGAUCGGGUACCCACACUACUUCAACAUAUUUCAUUUACUGAUUAUUCUGCUGUGACAUCGGAAGAAGACCUUAUUUCUAAACUUAAUUAUGAGCUGCAAUCUGUGUCUGAAGACCCUCGACUAAUAAUAAAAUUGACAGAUGAGUCCCACGUAACAAUAGAAGACAGUCCUACUGCUAAUAAUUUGCCAAAUGACCCUGCACUUCUUCAAGCUUUGGUGGACACUGUGUUUAAAGUAAAUAUUUUAGCAGAAAAUAUCGGCUACCUUCGAUUUGAUGAAUUUGCUGAUGCUUCAGUGUUGGUCAAACUAGGAGCACAAAUAGUCAACAAAGUGUGGGAUCCUAUUAAAAACACAGAGAACCUUAUCAUUGACAUUCGUUAUAACACUGGUGGUCCAUCCGCUGCUGUUCCACUUCUGCUCUCAUAUUUUCAUGAUCUGUCUCCACCUGUUUAUUUCUUUACAGUAUACAACAGACUCACCAACAAUACAACAGAAUAUUCCACAAUCCCAAAUUUACAAGGUCAGCCUUAUGGAUCAAAACGUGGUGUGUAUGUCCUUACAAGCCAUCACACCACAACAGCUGCAGAGGAAUUUGCGUACUUAAUGCAGUCUCUAAGCAGAGCAACAGUCAUUGGAGAAAUAACCUCUGGAACUUUGUUACAUUCGAGAUCAUUUCAAAUAGAAGGAAUCAAUGCGGUCAUUACAGUUCCAGUCAUUAACUUCAUUGAUAACAAUGGAGAAUACUGGCUAGGAGGUGGAGUGGUUCCAGAUGCAAUAGUUUUAGCAGAAGAGGCUCUACAUAAAGCUCUGGAGGUAAUAUAUUUUCAUGCUGAUAUCUACAAGUUAAUUGAAAGUGCAGCAAAUCUUAUGGAAGUGCAUUAUGCCAUUCCAGAAGUCUCUGCUAAAAUAAGUUCUGUGCUCCAAAAAAAAUGGUCAGAUGGCUUGUAUCGGUCAGUAGUGGACCAUGAAUCCUUAGCAUCUCAGUUAACUUCAGACCUACAGGAAACAUCAGGUGAUCAUCGUUUGCUUGUGUUCUUCAGUGACAUCGAACCAGAAGUACAUGAAGAUCAAUCAUCGAAAGUUCCAAGCCCAGAAGAGCUCAACUAUAUUAUUGAAGCCUUGUUUAAGACAGAAAUUAUGCCUGGCAAUGUUGGAUAUCUGAGAUUUGAUUUGAUGGCAGAAGCAGAAAUCAUUAAAGCUGUAGGACCUCAGCUUAUUAAUCGUGUGUGGAACAAGCUUGUAAAUACUGAUAUGUUGAUUAUUGAUAUGAGAUAUAAUACGGCUGGGUACUCAACUGCUAUUCCAUUAUUGUGCUCCUACUUCUUUGAUGCUGAACCUAUUCGUCACCUGUACACUAUCUUUGACCGUUCCACUUCAGGCACCUCACCUAUAAUGACCAUACCUCAGAUUUUAGGUCAGAGGUACAGCCCAAAGAAAGACCUUUUUAUUCUUACAAGCCACAUGACAGGAUCUGCUGCAGAGGCAUUCACUAGAGCAAUGAAAGAUCUAGAAAGAGCUACAGUUAUUGGGGAGCCUACUGUUGGAGGCUCUCUGUCUGUGGGAACAUACAGAAUAAAUAACAGUAACUUGUAUGUUUCAAUUCCUAAUCAAGUAGUCCUAAGUGCAAUUACUGGAAAGGUAUGGAGUGUAUCUGGAGUUGAACCACAUAUCAUAGUCCAGGCUAAUGAUGCAAUGAAUUUAGUCCAUCGAAUUGUUAACUUUCGCCUUCGGAUUUCUUCCAUUUUGCAAAAUGUGGGACAACUAGUUGCUGAAAAUUAUGCCUUUGACCAAAUUUCAGCAGAUAUUUCAACAAAGUUAAUAUCACUUUAUGAGAGUGGGAACUACAAAAAAAUCAAUUCAGAAAGUGAGUUAGUAAAAAAACUCUCAAAUGACUUGCAAGCAUUAUCAGGAGAUAAAAACCUAAAGGUUUCUUAUGCACCAGAAAAUUCAAAAGAUCACAUUCUAGCUGCUGCUCCUUUUCAGAUUCCUUCUCCUGAGGUAUUUGCAGAUCUUAUCAAAUUUUCUUUCCAUACAGAUGUGUUUGAAAACAAUAUUGGAUAUCUACGGUUUGACAUGUUUGGGGAGUCUGAGUUAAUUAUUCAAGUUUCUGAUUUGCUGGUAGAGCAUGUAUGGAAGAAAAUAAUAAACACAAAUGCACUUAUUCUUGAUCUAAGAUAUAACAUAGGAGGAUCAACAUCAGGAAUUGCAGUGUUUGCUUCAUAUUUCUUUGAAGAAAACCAAAGAAUUCUUCUGGACAAAAUCUACAACCAACCAAAAAACACAACCACAGAGCUAUGGACUCUGGGUAAAUUAAGAGGGGAAAGAUAUGGUGCCAAGAAGGAUGUGGUCAUUUUGACAAGCAGUAUGACAACAGGGGCUGCUGAAGAAUUUGUCCAUAUUCUGAAGAAAGUGGGAAGGGCUCUGAUAGUGGGCGAAAUAACCAGUGGUGGUUGUCUCUCUUCACAAACAUUCAAUGUGGCUGGUACACAGUUCUAUAUAACUAUUCCUACUAGCAGAUCUGAAGGUUCUCCUGAAGGGCCAUCUUGGGAGGGUGUUGGAGUUACCCCUCAUAUUGAAGAGGCUGCCAGUCAUGCAAUGGAGAAAGCAAAAGAAAUCCUUCAAAGUCAUUUGCAUGGUAGAGCAUGA